AUGUCUGGCAUUGUGGCCCUUGCAGAUCUAGGUUCCAACGCUGUGGACCUCUUUCGCAAAGUCGAGAAGGCUCUCAAAGAGAGCGCUGAUACUGCAUGGCCCGAUGAUCUAUUGGUAGCGGAAUCAGAGAGAUUCGAACUCUGGGCUGCAAACAUGGGACUCUUCGUUGCGGGCCAUGGCUCUCUGGACUACCGUGUUCGGGAAGCCGAGAGGCUGGCGCAGACACUUCGCAGAUUCAUGCAGGACCUGAUCAACUCGCUGGAUGACGUGUUCCAAUUGUGUUCCGGCGUCAGCCAAGAGGGUGCAUCUGGGAUGGAUGAAAGUAGCGGAAAACAUUCAGAAACAGAAAGAACGAGAGAUGAGGGUGAAGACGAAGACGGAGAAGAAGGAGAAGAAAUCGAAAUGGAACUCCUGUUAGACGGCGUACGAGAUCCUAUCAACAGACUCUUCAAGGUGUCCACGAAAAUACGAAACCCUUCCACCCGACUUGGAUCUUCCAGGGCUACCAACUACCGACAGAUAGACGAGGAUACUGGAGUCGAUUUUCUUGAAGCUAUUAAGGAAGCUGAUUUGGACUACGUCUCUUCGAUAUUCCUAGAGUAUCGAAAGGUCAGGGCUUGUGAAGAAAAUCAUCCUGCGGAGCCACCUGGAGGGCCAUCAGGAGAAAACGACGAUGCAGUGUGGGAGCCAAUCAGGACUGUCUUAAUCCAGGAACAAGAGCGGCAAAGGACUGGUGUCAAUUCUUACCUUAUCGAACGCAUUGCGCAGGCAAAUGGUCGCCGCCGACAGCAAUUUGCGUAUUGGGCCAGACACCGGGACAAACUCGAUAAACACACAAAAUCGUACCAGGCUCAAAAGACGCAAUUUCGAACUGCACAGCCACACCGAGCUGGAGAGUACACCCCAGGUGCUGUUACGUCUGUUACGACUGCCACCAGACUUGACGUCGCACGUCUCGAGGUAUCGGAUAACCUCUCGAGCUGGACCCUCUCGGAAUAUGCCCCGUCAACACGGCAAGCCGCCCAUGCGCCUGUUGACUUCCCUCCGGCGCCGAAGAGGUCGCGCAAUACACCCUCGGACAAGUUCUUCGAGUGUCCUUACUGCUUCUUCUUGUGUCCCAAGGAAAUCCUGGCCGAUAAAGCGUGGAAAGCUCAUCUCAUACACGAUCUGCGCCCUUACAUCUGCACAUACGAGGACUGUAAGAACCCAACGCAGCUAUAUGACAGCCGGCAGGACUGGGUGCAGCAUGAGAAUUCGGAACACCGCAAGGUUUGGAGGUGUCUAGAGCACUCAGACCAAGUCUUCAAGACGCUGGAACCAUAUAAACGCCAUCUCCAAGGACAGCAUAGAGGAUCGAUUAGCGGUGAAGCAUCUUCAAUCCGCAUCAUCCAAGCCAGUGAAUCAGUUUCCGAUAUCCUAGGUCGGGCCUGUCCCAUCUGCAUGGUGGAGCUGGAUACAACCAGAGCAAUGGAAAGCCACAUUGCGCUACAUUUGGAAAGAUUUGCCCGUUUUUCUUUGCCCAGGUCUGUUAUCAACGACGAUGACGGCUCCAACGCGGACUCGGAUAGAGCAAAUAGAGUGGAAGAGGAGGGUUCUCGCGAUGAUGACUUUGAGGGCGGUUUCGAGCUUCACAGCGAUAUAGAUGCCAGCGAAGCUCAAGUGACAGGGCAUCCUUCGGAAAGUGGUUGCUCAAGCACACCACACGGGGUUGAGACGACCGAGGGCAUACUCCAAGCCUUCCAACCCUUCGACGAUGACGAUGACCUUAGUAGUGAAAUUGGCCAGGCUCAACACGAAGUCCAGCAGACUACCGAAGAUGAGGCAAGCUCUGAUGACUUUGAGGUGGGUAAGUGGUGCACUGAUCCCGAAAAGUAUAACGAGGUCGAGCGGAGUUACCGGGAGGCAGUAGAGCAGAGUGAGAAGACGCUGGGUCGCGAGCAUCCCGAUACCUUGGAACGUAUGAGCCGACUGUCGCUCUUACUAUUCGGCCAGAUGAAAUACGAGGACGCCGAGCAGAUAGAUCGGGAGUCGCUGGAACGGAGGGAGAAAGUGCUGGGCCGCGAGCAUCCUCAUACUUUGGAUAGUAUGCACCAGCUGGGGGCUUCAUUAUCCGAACAGAACAAGAACAUGGAGUCUGAGCAGGUGGAACGGGAGACAGCAGAGCUGAGGGAGAAGGUGCUUGGCCGUGAGCAUCCCAGGACGCUCAGCAGUAUAUUCAACCUAGCGCUGACGCUUUACAAAAUGGGCCGAUAUGAAGAGUCCGAGGAGCUGAACGUGGAAGUGCUGGAGACUCGCAAGCGGACACUGGGGCAUGCCCAUCGUGACACACUCACGAGUAUGAACAACCUAGGGUUAACACUUGGGAAGCUAGGCAAACUGGAAGAGUCCGAGAGGUUGUUUGCGCAGGCGACGGAGAUGAGUAAGCAGGAACUUGGGUCUGACCAUCCCAAUACGGUCCAAAGUAUGUUCAACAUGGCGGGUUUGUUUUGGGAUCAAGCCAGAUUUGAAGAGGCUGAGAAGCUGGACAUGGAACUCUCACCUGGCACCGUCAAGGACGUAUCGCUGAGGCUAUCGCCUUGA